AUGUUAAUUUAUUUCAGUGAAAACUAUCCAAAAGAUACACGUUGUAUGACUAAUCUCAACUACGCUAAAUCAAUCAGAAAAAAAAUCAUUCCAACUGCCGCAAUGAACAAUGUUCUCCAGGAUACAGAAGACAAUUCUUGGCUGAAUUCAGUCAAAAACACUCAAUUAUUCUACGAUAUAUUCGAUACGGAAAUAGAGGUUGAGUUUACUGGUAAUUUUGAUUUGGAAUAUGAUAAAUUAUUAUCAAUACUAUUAUGUCAUACAAAACCUGGUGUGACUGGUCAAUUUUAUUCUCAAACACCCAUAGUAUCAGUAGUAAACCAAACGGAUACAACUUACGAACAAGCUGCAUUUGGUCAUGUAUCAAUGAAAUUGCAACAAGUAACUGAUGAACAACAAAAAGAACGUGAAAAGACUUACAAGAAACAACUAAAAAAACAAAUAGAAAAUGAAAAGAUUCCAAGCGAUGAAAUAGAUAUUUUGGUUGGAGGUUUGACACUCGUUGUCGAUGAUUUAGAGGCAAUUUUGAGAGGAGAAAAUCCAGAUGAUUAUAUGAACCCAAAUGAUGAUAAAUAUACAAUCAAACAAAGUACUAAUAAAUAUUCAAAAAAAUGCGCAGAUGACUUUUUGGAUUGUGUCAAACGCUGGCUACAGAGAGCACCAAAUGUUAUAAAGAAAAAUAUCGUACCGUUCACUCCUACUGGUGACAUCAAUGAUGCUCGAUUGAAAAUUUAUCGAUCAACUGAUUAUGACUGGUGGAAACAUGAUUAUGAAACAUUUGAUAAUUUAUCAACGAAAGAUUAUUUUUCCAUACCAUCUUUAAAUCCAGGUUCUUGGUUUACAACUGAGCAAGCACACGAUUGUUUUCAACUAUUGAUUAAAACUGAUAAACAAGCAAAUCUAAUUGAUACAAAACUUGAGACAAAUGAAACAGCUUGGGAUACCGUUUCUAUCAGUGAGGUAAAUAAUGAAAAUGCUACGAAUGAUGAUGAUGAUAUUGAUGAUCAAUGGAAAACUCCAGAAGAAAUAAAAAAGAUCCAGGAACUUGAUGAUCCUAACCGUCAAUGGAAACGAAAGAAACAUGUUACAGAAGUCUUUAUGAAACAAAAAAUACGAAAUAUCAUCGAGUUUCAACAAUUUUGUAAUAGUCAAGCUAAUUUGUAA